AUGCAGUACCAGCCGCCGGGCGCGGCGCCGGCGGCGGCCCUGGGCGUCGGCGUCCCGCUGUACGCGCCCACGCCGCUGCUCCAGCCCGCGCACCCCACGCCCUUCUACAUCGAGGACAUCCUGGGCCGCGGCCCCGCCGCCGCCCCGGCCCCCCACUCCCUGCCCGCCCCGCCGCCGCCGACGCUGCCGUCGCCCAACUCCUCCUUCACCAGCUUGGUGUCCCCGUACCGGACUCCCAUCUACGAGCCGACCCCCAUCCACCCGGCCUUCUCCCACCACCUCGCCGCCACCUACGGCACCGGCGCCUACGCCGGGCCCCUCUACUCUUUCCCCCGCGCCGUCGGCGACUACGCGCACGCCCUGAUCCGUCAGGACCCCCUGGGGAAGCCGCUGCUGUGGAGCCCCUUCAUCCAGCGGCCGCUGCACAAGAGGAAAGGGGGGCAGGUCCGCUUCUCCAACGACCAGACCAUCGAGCUGGAGAAGAAGUUCGAGACGCAGAAAUACCUCUCCCCGCCGGAGAGGAAGCGCCUGGCCAAGAUGCUGCAGCUCAGCGAGAGGCAGGUCAAAACGUGGUUUCAGAAUCGCAGAGCCAAAUGGAGGCGUCUAAAGCAGGAGAACCCCCAGGCCACCAAAAAAGAAGAAGUGGAAGGUGCUGACAGUCACGGUGACCAAAGGCCGGAGAGCUGCCUGACCCCCGAGCAGAAGGGUAAGGAGGUCUCCCUGGAUGGCUCGCAGUACACCCCCUCGCCAGCCUCACAGGAGGACCUGGAGUCAGACGUCUCCGACGACUCCGAUCAAGAAGUGGACAUUGAAGGCGAUAAAGGCUAUUACAAUCCUACCCACUAACGGCCCCAUGCGGAGAGUGGACCCUAACUCGGCUUGCACUUUACCAGGGGCUGGUUUGGAAGAAUAUUAUGCUACAGGAGAAAACUUUCACCGUUCCACUGAAAGAAAAAAAAACAACACCAAGUAGACUCAUUUUAUAAUAAGCAGAGAAAGAAAGAUGUAUUUUCCGCAAACAGUCCAUUUUUGGCAGAUCUCUAAUUUGGUUAAAGGAACAUGGUUUGUAUUUAAUUAUUUGUAAGAUAUAUUUGUACAUUAAUCGAUGUUCUAACUGGAAUAUAAUACUGCAACCUGUCCUUACUCAUGGGGGGUCUGAAUCAGCUGCCGUUGGUGAUCAGGCAAAACUCCUUUCUAGCUAGUGUGGAAGUGAGUAUGGAUUGCAGGACUAAGCCCUUUGUAUGUGUAAACAAAUGUAGUUUAAAUAGAUUAAUUUAAACGCCCUUUGCAAGCAGAGAAACACAUUCUGUGAAACAGGGAGGGAUUUGACCAUCCCGACAAGUGCCUUGUGCUCACACCGUUUUACCUGCCGUGGUGCUCUCCACCGAGACAUCCCUCCGUUCAUCAGGUAGAGUCUUUGGGCUGAUUAAUUUUUACUCUUGCAUGAGAUGAAAUGUGCCUUCUCAGGUUUUUGAGGACUUUGCCUUGCAAUCUGGAUGAUUCCAUUUGCAGGAAAAAAAACCCAUAUUUUUCUCCUUGAAAAUCUCUAGCGCUGUUUUUUACAGAUUUCGUAUUUGAGAAGAAAAUGCGGGGAGUGAUAGGGCCCUGCUGCAGGAGAGAAACUGGCAUCAGCUGUGGGGGAUAAGUGAGGCACACGGCCGUGGGAAGAUAAUGCCUAUUGCAUACGUAUCUGCUUCUGUACAUACUAGUUUUCUUUAAAGGUGUUGCGGUUUUAUACCUCACGUUGUUCAUAUUUUGUACAUAUUUGUUCGAUGUUUAGAAAAAAAAAAGGCAAAACCUGGUAUUUAAUUUUUGAUGGACUUGUCUGUGAAAUAAAACUAAGCUCUGCACCACCCGC